GACUUAGUAUCGUCAUGUUACUUAGGAACUAGCAUAUCUAAUCUAGAAUGCUCUAGUCUGAGUUGUAUGCUAGCACCCCCUCUUAAUGAAAAUGUUGACGAACAAGACAAUCAGGAAAGGAUAUCACCAAUAUUAACUCAAAUUUCAAAAACGGUUAAUGACAUUAAGUUCAAUAUUUUAAGGGAAGUGGAUAAGUCCCUAUCGGAAUUGACUUUAAAAAGUGCUUCUGAUAUUUUACUAAGGAAACGAUCUGAGUCAAAAACUUUAAGGAGCUCUUUAACUGACAGUAAUGGAACCUUUGAAAUAUCUGAGCUCAACUUAAGUAACGAUACGGAUACAUUUGGGUCCCAAUCGAGCAUGCGAAGUGAAACUUCUUUAACUUUACCACUAGCUGAGGAAAGUGAUGGCAUCCCUAAUUUAUGCAAGCAAUGUGACAUUAAAGUAAAAUACUCACAGAAGGUAAAUGAAUAUUUAUCUGAAGGCUUGACUAUAAGAAGGAUAAAGUGCAGAGAUCAUCCCCAAUGGGAGCAUCAGCGUCACAUUAUAGCAGCUCCUCGUGUUAUUAUUAAAACAUUCAAAUCGAAUGCGGCAUACAAAUGGUUUCCUAAUGAUCCCAAUGCUCCCGAUUUCUAUGAACAGUUGGAUCAAUUUUUUGAGGUCAUAGGCCAAAGGGGAAGUUGCGCAGACUUCAAUAUAUCCUCGAUUCAGUUACGAUUAAGCAAGAUUCUGAUACGCAUUAAGACGGACGCCACCGAGCAUAUAAGUUUCCCUGAAUGGGUAGCUAUAGUGGGUACAUGUAAGUUCCAGCACUUGCUCACUGCGCAGGAGAACCGCGCAUAUGAGUCGUUGCGUUGGAUAUUGAGGGAUAAGGGUGAUCAGGAUCUAUCUCCAGAGUCUCGAUUCACUGAUGCCCUCCACGGGAUAAUGGGAUACGGGUCGCCACACUUAAAGAUGUCAUCCUUGACUGGCCGGCUUCAUUUACGUUCACCUCAGCAUCAGGAUAGCAUUAGUGAUUCUUAUUUGCUGCUGACCCUCGGCCACUUGGGAUACAUCUAUCGAGAGCUGAGGAGAUAUCUGACAAUUAUUGAACAAAAGGGAGAAACUGGUGCUGCUCUUAAAAAGUGCUUGCAAAAGUACCUCCUGAAUUUUCAUCAGUUCUAUAACAUUCAGAAAAGGAAUCCUAGUAGUCUCCUUUGUUUGUACCGAAAAACUCGUAGCUUUCUGAUGCAAUAUCAGUGGCUUUUGGGUGUGCUUAAAAGAAUGCAAAAUGAAAAAUCAAUUUUGAUUUCACUUUAUGAAGAAUUAGGCCAAAGAUUUGGAUCUCAAAGGUACUUAUUGCUAAAGUGGUUAAGAGUGGUAAGCCAACCAUUCCAAAUUAGACUCGUUCACUGGCUAUCUAGCGGUCAAUUAACUUCUUUUAAUUUUGAUGAGUUUUUCAUUAAAAAGAGUGAAAACUUAAGCAUGGAAGACUUUUGGCAGAGGCGUUAUCAAUUUAUAGAGAUUUUCUCUAGGCUAUUCCAUCCUCAGCUUGGUAAAUCUGUAAUUAAUGUGGGCAAGACUUUGGUUUACUCACGGAAGUACUUGGGCAUCAAUGUGGGGACUUGUCUGAAUAGCAAACAACUUCGAAACGUAUUGCAAAAUAAAUUUGAUCAGUUAUUUCGAUAUGGCGAUAAGGAACCACUCUAUGAACUGGUUCACGAUCUGCAUUUCCAAGUAUCUGCCGAGGUCUUGAUCCACCUUCGAAAGAUUAAAGCCAAUCCGGAGUAUCUCUUUUCUCAGCUUCACAAGUACAUAUUCCUUGCGGAUAUAAGCUUUGUCAGAGAGUGUAUCGCAAUAUUUGGCCACCUUUUUGGACAGUCAAAAAGCUCUUUUAAUACUCAAGCUUUCAAUGAAUUGAAAGAUAGAAUGUUAAGCAAAUUCAUUCCAGAGCUAUAUAUUGAUAAAGGUAACAGCGAAGGUACCGAAUGCUGGUCAGUUCUUGUCUUCCGCUGGAGGUUUCCGAGUGAAUGGAUUGCUCUUCUCGGCACUGAUGCCAUUCUAUAUGAAGCCACCUCUAUGGCUUUAUGGAGAUUCCAUUAUGUCAACUAUAUCUGUGAAAAGAUCUUUCAAAAGCAGACAACAUUCCGUAAUCGUGCCGACUUCAAGUAUUUCAAAGAUCUCCUUAAAACCGACAAUAGUUUUGCAAAUCUGAUUAAAAUUUGUCUCAACUUUAUACAAAUUUUAAAGGAAUAUUUACAAAACGAGUUACUAGAAUCUGAAUUAGUAAGACUUUUGUUAGCCUGCAAUGAGGCUAAUACUCUGGACGAUAUAUUGACAGCGAAUAGAAUAUAUCUGAGGGCCAUUAAGCUGGGGACUCUGCAAACAAGAAGUCUUCGGAAAUGCAAUCAUUAUCUUCAACGACUUUAUAAUUUUAUACUAAAGCUCGAUGGCAAGCAGGAAGAAUUCUUGAAAAUAUCUAAUGAGACCAUGGAUUAUAUUAUUAAUGAUCGGAUGAAUAAAGCCCACGCUUUGCAUUCUAGUUACUACAGGGAUCAAAAGCUGCAUUUUUGUCGGACUUGUCAAAAUUACUCGGAUGUCAUCGAUGAUCUAAAGAAGCAAUUUAAUUCCGCAAUGAUAAGCUUUUUGUUUAGUCUCCAUUUAGCAGAUGAAGAUUCAUUGAGGUUGCUUGCUUUAAAGUUGGAUCCCGAGGGCUAUUAUGGAAGAAAGGAAAGAAAACUAAAUCUUGUUCAAGCUUUUGAGUUCAGAAGGAAGGCUAAAUGGUACAAAGCGGUUAAGAAUAUGUAACAUUCCUUAUAUUUAUAAAUAAUAUAAUCAUAAUUUUUGUAUUUUAUACUUAACUUAACUCCUCGCUCAAGUUAUAAUUUAUCUAGCAAAAAGAAUGGGAGAUAAACCUCUUUUUUGGCGCUUUGUCUAUACAUAAAUUGGAUUUUAAUUGAAAAUUAAGAAUCGACUUAGCAAUGUUUGCAUUGUGCAGCAACUGGAGAAGCCUUUUGUUAUGCAAAUGUUCUUUAUAUUGUGGUCCCGUGUGAAUAGGGACAGAAUGGAGGAGGAACAAGCCAAACGACUGUUUAUAGCUGUGGCCAAAUGGAAAAUCCGACACGAGCGAGUUGGGAAUUUGGCUUCAUCUGAAUUGUAAUUGCUCGGCGAAAAUUAAAUCAAGUUUGGGUCCUCACUUUUCAUAUUUUUAUUAACAAGUUAUGCCAACACUUUUCUAACAGCACUCAUCUGCAUAACUUAAUUUUCCGAGAAUCCGCAUGGAAAUAUCUGAGCGCCCGAAUCUCUGCCAAAGAAAUGAACAAUGGCGAAAGGAUGGCCCAGUCUUGAGCUCUUUUGUUAUCUGACAAACACAGCUGGCAGUCAUCUCAGCCAGUCAGCCA